CCAAGCACAUUUCUGGAGAGCAUUGGCUCUGUGGCACAUUAAAAACGCAGCAUAGGGAUUACCCAUAAUGGCGUGUAUCUGUGACUCUUGGAUAUAAUAUACACACGCGCCCCCAACCCCGCCCACCUCAACCAACGCAUGGGGAGUCUGGGGGUUUGGUGUCCGCGGGUGUAUGGACGGUGUAGCCAGGAGUCGUGGAUGCAUUGCAUUGUGGGUAGGUGUUGUGUUGCGUUUGUGGUGUGUUGCAGGGCAUAUGUUCUCCAGAAAUGUGUUUGGUGUGGGUUCACAGAGUGUGGCGCAUAUUAUUAAGAGUUGAAGUUGUUUUAUAUCACAACCAUUAGUGUGAUCUGUAUGGCUGUGGAACAAGAGCCCUGGUUUACACACUAUUAAAGCAAGAAAACUCCUCCGCCGUUUUGAAUUGAUGGCAGGGGAAGGAUCACUAGUGAUGUCACAAAUAUGACCUAGCGGUAAAAGUAAGCAUGCGCUUAUUAAUUUGGGGAGCGAGUUUUGACCGGUCAUAAGUUAAAGCAGGCGCAAAUUACAUGCCCAGCGGCUAUUCAAGGAAAUAUGGUAAGUCCAUUGCAGAUGGUUAGCAAUAAAUAGGUUAGUGUUUUUCACAACUACCAUUGUUCUGACUCAUUUUAUCAAACCUUUUAGAACAUUGGACACUACAAAAUAAAAGUUCCUGCUGUUAUCGUGUCGGUUCAUACUCAAGGCUCCAAUACAGUGGUUCUUAACCUGGAAUCGCUCAAACCCUAGGGGUUUGGUGAGUCGGCCUCAGGGGUUCGGUGACACACCCAACACAUCGUGUGAAUAAAAACUUCUCCCUAGCGGCGCAUUACAGAAACCCCCAAACAAUGUUACCUCUAAUGUUCCAUCUGAUUUGCAGAUGUGUAAUUUGUUGUGAGUUCAUGUGUUGGUUUUGUUCUUUGAACAAGGGGAUGUUCAUGCACAGUUCAUUUUAUGCACCAAUAACAAAACUUUGCCUUGAAUUUAAAACCAUUAUUUUUUUAUUUUUCUCUAAGGAAGGGUUUGGUUAAUGAGCAUAUGAAAUUUGAGGGGUUCGGUACCUCCAAUAAGUUUAAGAACCACUGCUCCAAUAUCAUUAGUGGUGAAAAAUGAUGGCCAUAUUACUCCUGAAUACUUAACGUCUUCAGUCACCUCUUUAUGGACACAUUUAUGGUCAUGUUGGCCCCUAAAUCUAUAUAUGGUUAUGUUGGCCCCUGAACUGAGUCUUAGGUCCAUUGAAAGUGUGACCAUGCAGUAAUCAAUCAUAACUCACUUAUUAAUUAUUGCUGACUAGGAGUUAUUAUGGAGAGACAGCAGCUUCCAGGAUCAUGUCAGAGGCGUCAAUUCCGUGGGUCCUCCGGGGCCCGAGCACCCACGUGGGAUUGAUGGCAAAUUCUUUCUCACCACCAAGCACACACUAAGCACCCACUGACAGAAAUGUAGAUCGUCGCUUAUGGCUACAGUACAUACCUGCAGAGUGGAAAGGGGCGUGUCUUUCUCCAAAACCUUUGCUGGGGGGAGGAGUCGCACACGUCAAGUUCCCUGCACAUUUGGUGAGUGUCGAUAUUUGACUGUCAUCACUAUGCACGCAGGCUGCUCUCUGUGGGGCAUCCAGUUGGUGGCCACCGGCGUGCAGCUGGGGAACUCCUUCUUCCUGACCGUGCUGCCCAUGGUGCUGAGGGAGCGCCACAUGGCGGCCACCAACUCCACGCAGACGGAGGACGGCUGGCGGGUCUCCGUGUCGGGCUUCUUCGUGACCUACAGGGUCCUGAGUCAGCUAGUCCCCGUCCUGCCGGGCCUCUUGCUGGCGUGGCUGGGCGACGCGGGCUGGAGGAGGAGCCUGGUGGUGGUCCCCCUGCUGGGCCUGUUGCUGUCCAGGCUGGCAAUGCUGCUCAUGCUGGUUCUGGACUGGCCUCUGCAGGUGUUGUGGGUGGAGGUGGUGCUCACUGGACUGUGUGGAGGUUCCACUGUGUUCUGCAGCGGCAUCAUGACCCUCUUGUCUUUGAGCUCUGCAGGACAGGACCGCUCCAAACUCUUGAUGAGAGUGGAGCUCAUCAGUGGACUGUCUGGUGUGGUCGGCUGCAUGACAGCUGGACAUUUGUACGACGUCUGUGGUCCCACCCUCAGACCAGGAGUCCUAAUCCUCAUGCUGUGUUUGCUGCUUCACGCCCUCUGCUUGUUCUACAUCCUCUUAUUCCUGCAGGUGGGAGAGUGGCAUGACAAGGAGCUCGAGCCCACGCUGAACAGGAGCAGCCCAUCAACACGUCCACACAAAGUCGUAGACAUCGCACUUCUGUGGGUGGCAGGAAUGGUCUACAACGCCGUGGACUCCUCCACCAGAAACAUCCUGGUCCUGUUCCAGCUGAUGGACCCCCUCCACUGGAACGUGACCCAGGUGGGCUAUGGAAAUGCGUCCGGCUUCCUUGUGACGCUCUCGAGCUUCCUGAGUACUGUGAUUUUAUCUCGAUGGUUCAACGAUCGCACGCUCAUCACCUUAGGCCUCGUCUCCAACGCAGCCGGCAUGCUUCUCAUGGCCUUCGUCACCACCACGUACACUUUCUUCUUGGCUCGCGCGUUGACACUCUUCUCUCUGAUGCCCGUCGCCCUCAUCUCAUCUCUGCUAUCCCAGCAGGUGCACGUUUCUUCAUAUAGUAAAGUCCUCACUUUGCUGCAGCUUUCUCUUAAAGUGUCCAGUGCAGGUUCUAACUUGCUCUACGCCAAGAUAUACCAGCAGACUUUCACUUGGUUUCCUGGUCUGGUGCUGAUAGUGUCCAGCAUUUUGUCCAUUGUGGCCAUCGUACCUAUAAGGAUAUUUGACAGCAGACUCACUGCCGGGUGCCGCUAUCGAGUCCUCGCAGAGGAAGAUGACGUCUUGGUCCUGACCGAAGACCCCGGUGAGAACCAAGUCUUGCGUGAGGAGUGUGAGUCUUGUGUGUCCUCAGGCAAAACACCAGAGUGUGAAUGACAUUUGACCUCUUUGGAAGAGGGGUUCCAAACAUGAUGACAUCACACCUGAUGCAACAUGUCACCUGGUGACAGAGCAGUCAGUGUGGACAAGAAGCAGAGAUUACUCUUAUAUUUAAUAUUUAUAAACCAUGCUCACCAGCCUGGAAAUUAGUUCAUUAAUAACCGACAAAGCAGUUAUUUUAUUGUACUUUACAGAUUCAGUGUUCUCUCGCCACAGCGCAGUUCACUUACUGUGGCCUCAGGUUUUACAUUAUGAAUAUAUUUUGUAUUUUCUAACUAAGGCUGUCAAAAAUAACAUCUUACCUCAUGUGAUUAAUAACAAAUACAAUUUCCGUUACUCAUGUAUAGUUGCAACAAUUUAUGUAUUUUUUUUCAAUUUUUUACAUGAAUUUUUUUAGUUACGUUAACAUCGAAUGUUACCUGGCUUUUAAAGUCAGCGAUCAGGUCAAUACUUAUGCAUACAUCAUUUUGCUUCAAAAUAAUUCCCGACAGAACUAUUCGUAACAGUUUUUGAGCAAAUAAAUUAUCUGCAUUUAAAUUAAAACAAUAAAUGUCUUAACAUUCUGACUAAUAAAUUGCUUUUGUGUCAACAUUAGGGUCUUAUUUUUUCUAUGAAUAAUCAUUAUUCUCAGUCGUCCUCAGACGAGCUACCAUCGGAGUCUCCAAUCGUUCCGGUUCUCCAUACGCCCGGCCAGCUCCGUAGAGCUUCAGCUCCCGCAUCUUUAUUCAGGAUGUUAGCACGGGACGUCCUCGCGAUCGAUGUCCGUGCGUUGUUUCCCAUAUUAAUCCCAAUUUAACAGUGUGAAUAAUCUCACUACAUAUAUGAAUACCAUACCCACGUUAUUUAUAAAAUUUGACAUUGAAAAAAUAGUUUUUUAAUCUCAAUUGGACUUUCUUUGUUAAAGGUUAAAUAAAAUCUAACUAGGGCUAUCAAAAAUAGAGUUAACUCAAGUGAUGACAAAAAAGUAGUUUGUAUUGUAGUCUGUAUGACUGAUAAAAAAUUACAUUUGUGUGAAAAUAUUAUUUUUGAAAUUUUUACUGUUUAAUCAAAAUUUAAACGUGUAGAUAAUCUGAGUUAUAUUUUCUUACGCUGUCAAAUGAGUUAACUCAUCAAAAACUAAAAAUAUUGCAUUAAUCAUGUAUGCUAUAGUUGCAGAUUAAUCACAUACUUAAUUCAGUUUUUAAACAUUUUACAUUACUUCAUUUACACUAACACCAAAUGUUACCUGGUUUACAUUCAAGUAAAACAUUUAACAAAUGUUUAUAAUUUGAAAAAUAUAAAAUUUUAAUCAUUUGAUGACAGUGGUUUAUUUUACAAUUAGAACUUUUAAAAAAAUAACAAGUUGAUUAAUCAAAAAAUAUUGAAACAGUUGCAAAUUAAUCCUUCAAUUUAUUUAUAUUUCAAAUAUUUUUUUUACAUUCAUUUAUUUUAAGCAAGCUUAAUUUAAGUUAUGUAAGAAAGUAAUUUACUGUAAAUCAAGAUUAAUUCACAUUCAGAAAUGGUCAUAUCCACACAUGGUUUGUAGUUGUGCUAAAACUGCUAAUAUAAUGGUAAAAAUGGUACCAUUGACACAUUUUUUUAAUCUUAGCAUGAUGAAUUGAAUGUAAUAUUCUUGUUGCCUGAUUACCUCAUGUGCGAUACUGCUUGUCCUCAUUUGGGCGAGCUGGAGCCUAUCCCAGCUGAUUUAGGGAGAGAAUCGGCGUACACACUAGGCCGCUCAAUAGUCAAUAGGGCAUGUCUACAUAAACAAGCACAGGAUUUUAUUCUGAAGCCGAUAUCUUCCUUAUUUUUAAGACCAAUACUAUGACUUAUUAUUGUUUUAAUGAGCUUUAAGUGUGGUUUGUUUCGAGCGGCUUCUUUAGCAGCUGGCGUCUUCGUAGGCCUUCAAAACAGUCGUAGCGAUGCUGCAGUUUCAUUUAAUUUUAUGUAAUGAAGCGUAGUUGUUUUUUUUUAAUCCCUCAUGAAAUGUUUACUGGACAAAUGCGUGCAAAUACAAACCCCAUUUCCUGAGUUGGGAAAUUGUGUUGGAUGUAAAUACAAACGGAAUACAAUGAUUUGCAUAUCCUUUUCAACCCAUAUUCAGUUGAAUGCACUACAAAGACAAGAUAUUUGAUGUUCAAACUCAUAAACUUUUUAUUUUUUUUUGCAAAUAAUAAUUAACUUAGAAUUUCAUUGCUGCAACACGUGCCAAAGUAGUUGGGAAAGGGCAUGUUCACAACUAUGUUACAUCACCUUUUCUUUUAACAACACUCAAUAAGCGUUUGAGAACUGAGGAAACUAAUUGUUGAAGCUUUGAAAGUGGAAUUCUUUCCCAUUCUUGUUUUAUGGAGAACUUUAGUCAUUCAACAGUUCGGGGUCUCCCCAGUCGUAUUUUACGCUUCAUAAUGCGCCACACAUUUUCGAUGGGAGACAAGUCUGGACUGCAGGCGGGCCAGGAAAGUACCCGCACUCUUUUACUACGAAACCACGCUGUUGUAACAUGUGGGUUGGUAUUGUCUUGCUGAAAUAAGCAGGGGUGUCCAUGAUAAUGUUGCUUGGAUGACAACAUAUGUUGCCCCAAAACCUGUAUGGUCCAUUCAGCAUUAAUGGUGCCUUCACAGAUGUGUAAGUUACCCAUGCCUUGGGCACUCAUGCACCCCCAUACCAUCACAGAUGCUGGGUUUUGAACUUCACGCCUAUAACAAUCCGGAUGGUUCAAUCAAUCAAUCAAUGUUUAUUUAUAUAGCCCCAAAUCACAAAUGUCUCAAAGGACUGCACAAAUCAUUACGACUACAACAUCCUCGGAAGAACCCUCUUUGUUCCAGAGGACACCACGUCCACAGUUUCCAAAUAAAGUUUCAAUCAAUCAAUCAAUGUUUAUUUAUAUAGCCCCAAAUCACAAAUGUCUCAAAGGACUGCACAAAUCAUUACGACUACAACAUCCUCGGAAGAACCCACAAAAGGGCAAGGAAAACUCACACCCAGUAGGCAGGGAGAAUUCACAUCCAGUGGGACGCCAGUGACAAUGCUGACUAUGAGAAACCUUGGAGAGGACCUCAGAUGUGGGCAGUGAUUUCUCCAGAUUCUGUGAACCUUUUGAUGAUUUUACAGACCGUAGAUGGUAAAAUCCCUAAAUUCCUUGCAAUUCUUCAUUGAGAAAUGUUCUUCUAAAGCUGUUGGACAAUUUGCUUACAAAUUGGUGACCCUCGCCCCAUCCUUGUUUGUGAAUUACUUAGCAUUUCAUGGAAGCUGCUUUUAUACCCAAUCAUGGCACCCACCUGUUCCCAAUUAGCCUGCACACCUGUGGGAUGUUCCAAAUAAGUCUUUGAUGAGAAUUUCUGAACUUUAUCAGUAUUUAGUGCCACCUUUCCCAACUUCUUUGUCACGUGUUGCUGGCAUCAAAUUCUAAAGUUAAUGAUUUGUAAAAAGAAAACUGUUUAUCAGUUUGAACAUCAAAUAUUUUGUCUUUGUAGCAUAUUCAACUGAAUAUGGGUUGAAAAUGAUUUGCAAAUCAUUGUAUUCCGUUUAUAUUUACAUCUAACACAAUUUCCCAACUUGUAUGGAAAUGGGGUUUGUAGUACGCACAUUUUCUCUCUCUGAAUCAGCAAAGAAGUCCCACACCAUCGAUGCCAUGUUUAUUUACAAUGUUUACUACAGCACGCCAUGAAUAGAAAAGGAGCGCUUUAUUUUCUCACCUUAAUUCACCUACAGCGCAUUGCAGAUAUUAAAACCCUCGAAGCGCCUGACUGUGACCACUAGUCCACUCAUGUUUAUCCUUUUUCAAUGUUUUGUGCACAUAAUUGGUCAGUAUUAUUUAGGAGAGAAGGGUAUUUUACAAAAAAUUCUGCCUGUAAAAAUGAAAAAAACUACAAACAUAAAUACAUUUUACAUACAAACAGCUGCUGUGUUUUUAUUCAACUACUCAACUAUUAACUAGAAACCAGUAAAAACAAACAGUAUAAUUUAUUUUUUUUAAUUUUUUUAGGGUUAAGGAUUUUGUGUCAGGAAGAAGCUGAAAUGAAAAUCAGUAUCAUUGUUACAAUCAAUAUUAAUUUGUUAAAAAAAAAAAAUUGUAUUUUGCAAAAAUUUUGUGUGUUUUACCAAAUGUUGAAUGAGGAGGUGCAGAUAGUCAGGGAGAAUGAGGUCUGUGUCUAAGCGAAGGUCGAGGAUGAAUGGAGGAAGUCCAGAAUCCAGAGGGGAACAACAGGGAUCACAGAAGAAACUCGUACACAGGAUAGAAGCUAGACAAGGGGUGCUUACUAGGGUACAGAAGACUAAAUUCCGGCCAGGAUCCUUGGAUACACUGGUGUUUAUACAGCCCCAACCACAUCAGUCCAGGUGUGCAGAGUGCUGAUCGCCCACAGCCUUGCCGGCAUGUGGGUUUGACGCGGCCAGCGCGAGCAGAGGUGUGUCUCAGCGCACUGCCAACAGAGGUGCUGGCAGACCCAGCUGCCGGAGAAAAGUGGGUUCGAGCCAGCGCCGUGACAGUACCCCCCUCCUAUGAACAGCUUCCAGAUGUCCUAUG